UGCAUAGUGAAAUUCUUGAAGGUCGCGGUAAAUGUCUCACGUUAUCACUUUCUGUUGUUUUCGACGCCAAAUUCUGUUUAAAAAUAACAUAAACAUCAUCCGGUCAACGUUUUAUUCGUGCAAAAACAUCCGCUGAAAUGUCAAAUCAAUGGAGGAAAAAUUGUGCUUUAUUCAUUACAAAUCUCGACCCAACCACAUCAGAUGUCGAUUUAAUAUCCUAUUUUCAAAAAAAAUACACCGGCGUAACAAGUGGAAAAAUCGUUCGAGAUUUGAAUGGGCGUUCUAAAGGUCACGCGUUUAUAAAUUUCACCGAUUUUGCGAGUGCUAAUCGAGUAAUUCAAGAUAAGAACCAUCUGAUAAAUGGUCAAAUAGCAACUUGUAGAUACGCCUCUCCUAAAAAGAAGAAACAAAACAUACCCAAAAAUUUUCAGAAAAAAGAACCGAAAUACCUGAGAGAAUUAUACAUUGGUAAUGUGAAUACAAGCACGACAAAUCAGCAAUUGAAAGAGUAUUUCGAGAAAUACGGUUCAGUGAUAAAUGCUUACAUCAUUUGUGAUGAAAACAAAAGGUCCAAAGGUUACGGUUUUGUGGAAUUUCAGAGCUCAGCAUCGGUUGAAGAAGUACAGGAAAAAAGACCGCAUCAAAUAAACGGUCAGGAAGUUCAAACGGUCAGAACUUAUCCUAAAGAAGUUCCAACUCAUCUGAAGAAACCCACCACCGUUCUUUACGUUUUAAAUUACAACGAAAAUGUGGACGAGGAAAACAUCGAAGAAUAUUUCAGUCAAUUCGGAGACAUCACUAUGGUAUCUCGUAAAGUCAAACGACCGGAAGAUAUUGAAUUCAUGGAAUUGCAGUUCGACGAUUACGACGCCGUAGAUAAUAUAUGCUUGGCUGAUAAUCAUACUAUAAAUAACUGCGCCAUUAUGGUAACAAAAUACAUGAGAAAUGAUGUGGAAAAGUGGGUCAAGCCUCACACUGAAACAGUAACGCAUAAUACUAUAAAAUCAGCAGAAAAUUCCAGUUCCAACUCUGCAACGAACUCCAACAUUACGAAAAACUCGCCAUCAGCAAGUACUUCGAUCAGUUCGAGCAAUAAUUCGACCACGAACGGUGUGAAAAAUCCAAUAGAACCAACUAUUCCUAGCCUUCCUGCGCAGGAUCUACAUCAAUCUCCUCACAAUCCACAUUUCGUCACUUUCGUCAGCAUUCCAGAACAACCGUUGUAUCCAAAUCUUCAGUCAAUGUCGACGACGACAAAUUAUCAACCUAGCUCCAGGCCUACGCCACUUCCCACGGUAUCUUCUUCUGCUAGUUCAGGUCAUAGGGCUACUCCUCCUCCUCCUCCUCCUCGACACAAGACUGCAACGAAUAAUCCUAAAGAUAAGGAUUGUCAUAUUUUGUAAUAAGAUUUAAAUUUAGAUUUCUAGUAUGUUCGUUUUCUAAAAACACAAUACGUAUCUAUAUUUAAGUCAACUUUUGCUAAGAAAAUUUCUGAACAGUGAUUUAUGAUUUUUGAUACCUACUUGUGCAGUAUUAUAAGCAAUUUUUCUCUUAAUCGAUUUAGACUUACGUAAGCAAUGUUUUUUUAAUUUUUACUACCUAUUGAUUAAAAAUGAAAAACACAGUCA